AACCAAUUCUAGGGUUCUUUCGAUGAACAACAAUGAGACGUAAAAUGGAGAGAUUUGUUCUUCUUCCUUUCUCGAUCGGAUGCAUCUCCGAGUCAAGCGUGGCCGUGGGGAUUCAACGUAAUGCAACAUCCAAACCCACCGACCCUAAUUCGUCUCCUCGAUCAAGUGAGAAAGAUGAAAUGGUAUUAGAAGAAAGUUUGAAGAACUCACAGAGAUUCACACCACUUGCAAAGCCUAAUAUAGGAGUUGGAUUUCAUAGGCUUUACAAAGGUUUCAAGAAUUUCUCUCAAUUAUUUGUGUACAAAGAGGAGAUGGAAGAAAUGGAAGAAAUGGAAGUAGGAUGUCCCACAGAUGUGAAGCAUUUGACCCACAUCGGUUGCGAUGCCACCACAAUAUCAGAUGACCCCAACAAUCCCUUCAUAGAUUGGGAAACUCUUCUAGCUUCCGGCCUCUUCUCUCUUCCCUCUUCUCGUUCUUGGACCGAACUCGAACUCGAUCAUCAUCUUUCAAACCCUAAUGUUCUACCUCAUUCUAUUUGAAAACCAAAAACGUAUGUUAAAAAAGCUCGUGUUGAUUCGAUGUAUAAUUUCUUAUCUAUAAAAUAACUCGACAUGUUACGUGGCUUAUUCGUUUAUAAUUGUUGUAAGGAAUGUUGGGGCGUUAAUGUAAUGGAUCAAGCGUCAAAUUCAGAUUU